UUCUAUAACCUCCCCCUCACUUUCUUCGCUCCAAUCCACAUCCCACAAGCAACUCCGCUCCGCAUCUUCCUCUCUGCCCAAGUAACCCCAGACAGCAUGCUGAGAACUGAGAAUCCUCUGGGUCUCUCCAUCCCAAACCACACACAGUGCCUGCUCUGACUGCUCACUCCUCCACGGAUUCCCCCAAAAUCUCAGCAAAAACAUAACAGAGAAUCGGGGUAAGUCCGGGCUGCCGCAGCCCCGACCCAACAAGCAGACAACUUUUAGCAGUGCGAGGAAAGUUGCAGCUUCUUCAGCAACAUCCAAAGAGGAGGCAGAUUUGGGCGAAAAAAACCAGAUCCCUUUCCUCCAGCUUCAGGGUGGUCCUGCGAGAAUGUGAUAUCUGGCGCUGCGGCCACAGGGGCGACAACAGCGCAACUUUGCACCAAACUUUCUCGUCUCCAGAGGGAAGGAGCGCAAGUGUGCGGGAUCCUGUGCGCAAAAUGAAUUAAAUGUUUGGAACUUUUAUUCCUGUGUGUUCCCCCUUUGCUUCCCUGGAUAUGUCACUGGCGUGAAUCGCUCUGCUAAAGUGGAUUAGAUUAUUGUCCCGCUGCAGGGAAACGAGCGACUUGGACUCAAAAGUGUCUUGGGCGACUGUGGAUCAUCUCUUCCUUCUGGGAGUUAUCCUGUGAAAGCAUCAGAUGCACCACUAACUGAAGAGAUCCAUUCGAAUGGCGUCCCGCCAGUGUCCACCAGCUGCUGUGUUUAACUCCAUGAACCCUCCAGUCAACAGCUAUGUGGAACAUUGCUACCUGAGGUCUCCUAAUGUUAUGGCGGAAGGAAUGAAUGAAAUGCCCUAUUGCCAUCAGACCAACCUUAUGACCAGUCACCAUGGAUUUGGAUUGGCACAAGCCAGCGAUCACUUGGCAGGCACAGAUGUAUCCCGUUUCUCUACACCUCGAAAUACAAUGAAGCUGAGCAAAAAAAGAGCUAUGUCGAUCUCCCCGUUGUCCGAUGCCAGCAUUGAUCUACAAACCAUGAUCAGGACCUCCCCCAAUUCCUUGGUUGCUUUCAUUAAUUCUCGAUGUUCUUCCGCUAGUGGAUCUUAUGGACAUUUGUCUAUAGGAACUAUCAGCCCAUCUCUUGGUUAUCAAAAUUGCCUUAACCAUCAGAGGCCACAAGGGGGAUCUUAUGGAAACAACCCACUCAUGCCUUACAACUCCCAUGACCACAUGUCCAGCAGAGGAGUGGGCAUGCUCCAGCCUCGCAGCUCAAUCAAGCACUGCCAGUUGAAGUCGGAGCCAUUGUCGAGCACUGGCUUGGAUCCGAUUGGGAGCAAAAGAUUAGAGGAUGGGUCAGAAGGAGAUAUAUCUAGUCCUGCUUCAGUUGGAACACAGGACCCACUACUUGGAUUACUGGAUGGGCGUGAUGACUUGGAGAAGGAUGAUGGCAAACAUGAGCCAGAAACAGUGUAUGAAACCAACUGUCACUGGGAAAGCUGUACUAAGGAGUUCGACACGCAGGAACAUCUUGUCCAUCACAUAAACAAUGAGCAUAUUCACGGGGAAAAGAAGGAGUUUGUGUGUCACUGGCAGGACUGUUCACGAGAACUCAGACCCUUUAAGGCGCAAUAUAUGCUGGUGGUCCAUAUGAGGAGGCACACGGGGGAGAAACCCCACAAAUGCACAUUUGAGGGAUGUAACAAAGCUUAUUCACGACUUGAGAACCUGAAGACUCACCUGAGGUCCCACACCGGCGAGAAACCUUAUGUAUGUGAGCAUGAGGGCUGCAACAAGGCCUUCUCUAAUGCCUCCGACAGAGCCAAGCACCAAAAUCGAACUCACUCCAAUGAGAAACCAUAUGUAUGCAAGAUCCCCGGCUGCACCAAGCGCUAUACAGACCCUAGCUCUCUCAGGAAACAUGUUAAAACCGUACAUGGGCCGGAGGCACACAUUACCAAGAAGCACCGUGGGGAUGGGAUGCCUAGGACUCAAUCUGGUCAUGAGGGAUCUGGGAAUCAUACUGUUAAAGGGGAAAAUCAGCUGGAUAUGGAAGCAAGCUCUGCUCGCAAGGAGGAUGGAAGACUUGCUGUUCCAGAUAUUACUUUGAAGUCACAGCCCAGCCCCGGUGGACAGUCAUCUUGUAGCAGUGAAAGGUCCCCUUUGGGAAGCACCAACAAUAAUGAUAGCGGGGUGGAAAUGAAUGCCAACACAGGAGGAAGCUUUGAAGACCUCACCAACCUAGAUGAUAUUCCCUCUGUAGAUUCAAUAGGCACUGCAGGUGCUUCAGCCCUAAGAAAGCUGGAGAAUCUUAGGAUUGACAAACUGAACCAGCUACGUAAAGCCCCAUCCUCAGGAAAGAUGGUCAAACUGCCAUCUAUUCACAACAGUGGCCCUCAGGGUGAUAUGUCAGUUGUGUGCGGACCACUGGGUAUGUCUCACAAUCAACAUGGGAUAGAACUGCCAUCCAGCAGUCAUGUUAAUCAUCUUAAUGACAGGCGGAACAGCACUACAAGCACCAUGAGCUCGGCCUAUACUGUGAGCCGCAGAUCCUCAGUUGUGUCUCCAUACCUUCCCAACCAAAGAGCAGGUGAUUCUGGCAACAUGGUGGAUUCAUAUGAUAUUUCUACAGACCCUUCUGGUCAUUCUAAUGAAGCUGUCUGUGCUAGCGGGCUUCCGGGCCUUACUCCUGCACAGCAGUAUAGAUUGAAGGCAAAAUAUGCUGCAGCAACUGGUGGUCCUCCUCCUACUCCACUACCCAACAUGGAGAGGAUGAAUUCAAAUAAUAGGAUGGCAUUUGCUUCUAGUGAUUAUCGUGGAUCAUCCAUGUCUUCCCUGCUGGCUAAUAACAUUCAUAGAAGACAUAGUAGCAAUGAGUAUCACAACUAUGGAACAGGUAUUAUUCACCCAGCUCAAGCUCCAGGUGCUGGAAUAAGAAGAGCUAGUGACCCUGCACGAACUGGGGGAGAUAUUCAAACAGUGCCAAAAGUGCAACGUUUCAAAAGUAUGACAAAUAUGAAUGUAUCUAUGAUGGGGAGACAAGCUAGUGGUAUUCAGCAAGCAUACGGAGGAUCUGAUGCUAAUUUACAAAGACAUAUGUUUUCUCCACGGCCUCCCAGCAUUAGUGAGAAUGUUUUUAUGGAAACGGCUGGCCCUGAUGGAGUAUGUCAUUCAAAGGACCACAGCAUUAUCCAGCCUAAUGAAAUGCAGCACUAUGUGAACUACCAGGGUCAAGGUUCUCAGCUGGCUGCACCCAGUGACCAUAUGAACUUUAAUCACCAAAUUCAUGGGAUAGAUGGUCAAAGCCAAAAUGUGUAUGGUCAUUCUCAGCGAGCUAUGAGCAACAUGCAUCUAAAUUCGGAAAAUUACUCAAGCCAGAGCAAUGUUCCAACACAAACAAAUUUCAACCAGUGCCAAAUGACUGGUCAGAGCCAGCAUUUUCAGAACACAAGGCAAGCGUACAGCAGUUCUAAUCUGCCUGUACAGUGGAAUGAAGUUAGUUCAGGGACCAUGGACAACCCUGGUCAGAGUCCAAAUCACCAAAUAAUGCAUCAAAAUAUGCCACCAGGAAAUCAUUGCCAGAGUCAAUUCUCAAACUCUGUGGUCCCAGAAACAACAAAACAGGGUUGCCCUGUAAACAGAAGUUCAUGCCAGCAGGGAAUGUAUAUGAAUAAUCAGAAAUAUAACCAUGGGGGUCAGGUGCAGGUUAAGCCUGAACAGCAGUUCCACCAUUCAGCUCCCACUAUGAUGUCCUGUCAAAACAUGAAGCAUCCUUCUAGACAAGAGCAUAAUUUUACUCAGUCAAAUACAAUGCUUUUGUCACCUGAAUCCACAAACUGUGAUUUCCAAGGGCAACAAGACAACACUCAGAACUCCUGCUUCAAUGUUGGCCUUAACCCAAAUCUACUAAGCCCUCAAGGGCGUAGGUCUCAGACACCCAUGAUGCAGGUGAAGGAAAUGAUGGUCAGAAACUAUGUCCAGUCCCAACAAGCACUAAUGUGGGAGCAACAUCCAAAAAGUAUGGCCAUGAUGAACAACAGUGGAGAAGAUGUGGAUACUGGGCAAAACCAGCACAAGAAUACCCCAAAUGCAGCUGUGUAUAUGAGUCCUAAGUAUAUCAAUUAUCAGUGCAAGCCAUCACCAAACAACUUAAUGAGCCCAAGCUCCCAGGACAGCCAAUCAAGUCACACCAAAACAAUGGGAAGCCCAAGCAGUCAGUGUUACAACUAUGACAUGUUGCCCCAUCCUCCCUGUGGCCCCAAACCUUUAAGCAGGCAACACAGUAUAUCAAGUCAGUCAACAUACAUGGGAAGUCCGAAUCAGCACAGUCCAUCUUACCAGCCAUCUGAAACAAGCCCAAGGAGAAUGGCCUGUCUUCCUCCAAUUCAGCCUCAGUCUGAAGUCAGCAAUAACACCAGCAUGAUGUAUUACACAGGUCAAAUGGAAAUGCAUCAUGGUAAAGCAGGGGUCCAUAAACUUGCUACAUCACUAAAUCAAAACCAGACAAGCUGUGAUGGACAACAACACGGCCAGUACAGCUCUAAUCAUAGCUUUCUAAAGACAGACUCUGUGCCAUACACAAGUUCAUGUCCAGGUGCCAAUACAUUAGACAGUCUUGAUCUGGAGAAUACACAGAUUGAUUUUACAGCAAUUAUAGAUGAUGCAGAUAAUACUUUGAUGUCUGGCAAUAUAAGCCCGAAUGGACUAGCAGGAACUUCUCCGGGUUCCUCACACUUGACCACACUGAGAAACACAGGAGCUGUUGUUCCAAACAUGGUGGUGGGUGACUUGAACUCAAUGUUAACUUCUCUGACUGGAGAAAAUAAGUACCUAAACACAAUCUCCUGAGCAAUCUAGAACCAGCCUGCAAACGUAUAUAUAUGACAACUGCCCUCGAUCAGACUGAUCAUCUAUGGCGCAGAGCUCACUCACUUAUUUUAUUCGUUCUUAAAAACGUUGGACAAUUAGUAGACACUGUGCUUGGCAAGAAAGCAAAUGUUGGGUUUUGCUGGCACAGAAAUGCACACUUCCAUUUACUCUGUCACUUUUUUUUUAAUCAUAAUGUUGACUCUUUUUCACAAGACAAAUUUUGCACAUUUUAUAAUUUUGAACCUGGAAAAGAGUACCUGCUUGGUUAACUUCACUUAAAGUGGUUGUAAGCCCAAAAUGUAGCCUAAUCAUUUGUACCUAUGGGUUUACCUCACAUUUAAUGAUAGACAAACAGGAAGAGUGCAUUUUGUACAUCUGAAAACUAUAGCAAUGCAGUUUGAUAGUUGUAUUAAAGUGCCAUAAGGUUUCAUUAAAGCAGAGGUUUUUACCUUUCUUGGAUUCUAGUUAGCCAUGUGAUCCACUAUUUGGUUAGACUUUUCCUCCAAUGUUCUUAAGGUUACAGAAUAUACAGCCAAGAGAUCCCUGGACAGCAAAUUAGCAUUGCUUUGGACCCCAGAGUUAGUAAACCUUAAACCAUUAUCUUAGCAGAAAAAGCACAUUUAACUGGUUUGGGGACUUUUUCCUAAAAGAAAACACAUGGGAAAACUGUACAUCUACCUCCAAAAUAUGCUUUGUAAACAUAUCCAGAGAUACAUCUGCUUUAUUACAAGUAUGUUAAAUUAGGUUUCAGUGAAUUGCAUGUUCCUGGUUUUUCUUAUUAAACAAUAUGGCAAAAGUAUGUACCAUCUGACCUAGACUAAAGGUGAUAUUGCUCCUCUGAGCACUUUGUAAUUUACAAAUAAUUUUUCUAGUAGAUUUUAUCUCCAUCUUUUGCCAUUCAGCAAAACCUUAACUUACUGCUGCAGUUAGCAUCUUCCGAUGCUUACCUGCUCUCUCUUAUUGUAAAACUCUAAGGGAGUCCAAAGUGAUAAGUACUCACUGUGACAGCACAAAGAAAUCGCGAUUGAGCGUUUCUCCCAUUACUAUCCCAGACAGUUUUGUAAUAAAAAUACCAAAGAGUGCAUUUUGUCAUAAAAAAAAUUACAUUUUAGUUUAUAUAACAUAGUUUGAGAAAAAUAAAGUAUAUAAUGUAGAAUAUAUAACUGGUUCUCACUUUGGAAAUAGACUAUAUUUCUGCAUCACAAGAAAAGGAAGUUUAUGUAAAAAGCAAAUGUUUAUUUUUGAACAGUUAAAGUUUGUAAAUCCCAUUGCCUGUUUUGUACAGCAUGUAUUUUUAUAUCUGUAAAUUCAUUUUGCUAUCCUUUUUCCAUACAAGAAUAAAAAAAUGUUUUUCCUA